UGACUCAAUCAUCUACACGCGGAACAACUGACACUCAUUUUCAUACGUUUCUCAACCAGCUUCAUGUCGCUUCUGGAUUUUCCACUAAUACAGAACAACCACAGAUAUUUAUUUUUUUUAACAAGUCAUCGCUGUAAAAAAUAACUUCCUUUUUUAUAAUGUCAGAAGAGAAAGACUGUGAACCAUCAGUAGCAGAUGCAUACUCCGAGUCCUAACUGCAAUAGAAUCAGCUGGAGAAAGAAUUCAGAGAAUAAUCUCCUGUAGUUCUGCACUUCCCUUGCUGAAACAGCUGCUCUGAAUGAUUCUCCUAGAAAGAUUAGUACGGUACUGAAUUCCUCCUGCUUCUUCUGGGUGUACACAAAGAUCAUGGAUCCAAAAAUAUAUAUAACUGUGGCCUCAUCAACAGUGUCUUCAUCAACAUUGUUCUCAUCAAACACUGGAAAUCUCAGCAGUCAAAACUGCACCCACAUUUUCAGCAUAAGAAACCAGGCAGUGGAUCUUUUCCUGAUGAUCCUACUUACUUUUGUCAUGGUCCUUGGAGUACUAUUCAACACACUUGCCAUAUGGGUUUUCUGCUUUAAAAUGAAGAAGUGGACAGAGGCCAGAGUAUUCAUGAUGAACCUUCUUCUUAGUGAUUGCUGCCUACUGUUCACCAUCCCGUUCCGCAUCUACGCUACCCAAGAAACGUGGGAAUUGGGCAGCACAUUUUGUAAUGCUCUCUUAUCUAUGUAUUUUAUGAACACAUACAUGGGCAUUGCCAUCAUCACCUUAAUAUCUGUGGACAGAUAUGUGGCCAUAAAGUUUCCACUGAGAGCAAGAGCUUUUCGUUCCCCAAAGAAGGCGGCCACAGCAUGUGGGGUGAUUUGGCUUCUCCUUAUAGCUACACGGAUCUUCAUUAAGUUUACAGCUGAUAGAAUAUCCACUGACCCAUCAACCUGCUUCCGAAAACAUUCUGAAAGACCAUUAAAGAGAGCUUUGUACUUUUCCAUUCUUGGGUUUUGCGUUCCAAUGCUCAUAUUGACCUUCUGCUCUAUAGAAAUUAUCAGGACCCUAAACAAAAAGAACAAACUGAGUGUUACUGAAGAGAAGGAUAUCCAGAAAACCAUCAAUAUAGUGUCCACUAAUUUAAUCAUUUUCUUGUUGUGUUUCCUGCCUUUCGGGAUUGGAAAUAUUGUAAGGUUUGUUCUGGAAUCCUUGAUGUUGGAAUGCUCUGUGUUAAAAGCUAUCAAUGAUUUUUCUCUUUGCGCGCAAGGCAUCAGUGAUAUUAACUGCUGCCUCGAUAGUCUCUGCUAUUAUUUUGUGGCCAAGGAAUUCUGGGAAAGUGCCUCACUGUUUCCAAAUUUUAAAAAGCAACUAAUCCAGGACCAGACACAGGAGUCCAGUAUAUAGAACAUACGGUACUAUUCCAGGUUACCGUCCAAGGGGACCAGAAAACUGACAGUAGUUUACAGGUUUCAUUUUUUGUAGGAUUGUAGGUGACAUGAUACUUCUGUAAAGGUUGUGCAUAACUGCUUGUGUACCAACAGAGAACGUUUGUGCACAGUGAGGAGGACUACUAUAACAACAUGCAGCUUUGGAGGUCAUUCCGAGUUGUUCGCUCGCAAGGCGAUUUUAGCAGAGUUGCUCACGCUAAGCCGCCGCCUACUGGGAGUGAAUCUUAGCAUCUUAAAAUUGCGAAUGACGUAUUCGCAAUAUUGCGAUUACACACCUCGUAGCAGUUUCUGAGUAGCUUCAGACUUACUCGGCAUCUGCGAUCAGUUCAGUGCUUGUCGUUCCUGGUUUGACGUCACAAACACACCCAGCGUUCGCCCAGACACUCCUCCGUUUCUCCGGCCACUCCUGCGUUUUUUCCGGAAACGGUAGCGUUUUUUCCCACACGCCCAUAAAACGGCCUGUUUCCGCCCAGUAACACCCAUUUCCUGUCAAUCACACUACGAUCGCCUGAGCGAAGAAAAAGCCGUGAGUAAAAAUCCAAACUUCAUAGCAAAUUUACUUGGCGCAGUCGCAGUGCGGACAUUGCGCAUGCGCACUAAGCGGAAAAACGCUGCGAUGCGAAGAAAUUUUCCGAGCGAACGACUCGGAAUGACCUCCUUUGUUUUAAGUAGCUGCAGUAAAUAAAAUCUCUAAUUUAUUACAGAAUUGUUUUCUAUGUUUUUCUAACCAAUAUUUUUGACACUUAUCUCAACAGGAGUGUGGGAGAUCAAAUUUGUUGUGUGCUGUUAAUAGAGUGUCUAUCAGAAAAUCUUCAGCUGUGAAUAUUUAAGACUUUUAAAAGUAUCUGUCAGUGGGGCCUCCAUAUUGUUGGCUGAGAGCCUAAUUCAGAGAUGGACACAGGAGUGCUGCAGCACGUAGAUUCCAGAUUAUCAGGAAUCUGCAGCUGCACAAGGUCCAUUCUGUGCAUGUGCAGAACAGGACUUACAAUGUCAUCUGGAGUUCCCCUGAUUAACAGGCAGCGGAA